GAGAGAAAGGUUUCUCUCUCUUCGGUCGCCUCGCUUCGCCUCUUUUCUCUCUCUCCCCCGCCUCCCGGACCUUGAGAGAGCGAGAAAGGGAGGGCGAAGAGCUGCCUCGAUUUGUACCUGUCGAGGUGAACUUCGAUACAUAUUAUUUGCUGAAAUGGCAGCACUGAGAAUGAAAAGAAAAUCAAACAAAGGUCGUGUAAGAUUAUGCAGUGCCCGUGCUCGUUACAAAUUUAUUAAGACAUCACAAAGCUUGGCAUCUCAAGGCAAGACAGAGAUGAACACUUCUAUACAAUUUCAACAAGAUGGGUGCCUCUCAAGCGUAGUUCCUUCGGGAUACCUUUUAAGCACAGUUCCUUCUGAUACUGAACAAUCAGGAAGCAAUGUUGUGGUAACUGGAUUUAAUGAAACCUCUACUAAACUGUGGAACUUAUUGUCAUCCGAUCUUUUACCUGUAGGAAGACAGGGUUCACCGUCAGCCACUAUACCACACGAGUUAGAAACAAUAUUCUCAACCAAAUUUGAGCAUGGCGAUUCUCUUUUGAAGCCAACUAAUAUCUUUGACGAAGUUAAUCAUGGAAGUGCUAAUUUGCCUAAUCUGGUUGCGGAUGAAGGAGAGGAUGAAAACCGUGGCUUCACAGAUUAUCAAGCUUGCACAUUAUUGAAAUUCCCCUCAGAGAGUGUUUCUUGGUUACCUUUUGAUGGUAGCAUAGAUCUUUCAGAUGUGUUUUGUACUCAUUAUGAGUAUAGUAAUUGUGACAUACCGAUUGAUGCGGCAGAGAAAUGCAUGAUGCCGCCAUUCCUUGAGAGGACGAUGGAAACCAGUGAUGUUCUUGAUAGUGAUUCAAAUCAAGGAACCAUGACGAACUCCAAUGAUGCAUGCUUCUACUUAGCUACUCAUCAAGAAGUUGACGUAAAUUGUCCGUCUGAUGAUUUGCAAGUAUCAGAGUGGUUUAAUCAACAGUUACUGUCCAGAACCUCACCUGAUUUCCCUCAGGCAGUUUCAUCUAGUUGUCCUAAUCUAUCGCCGAAGGAAACACAACAAAGGAAGCCCAUAACUCUUGUGCUUGAUUUAGAUGAAACUCUUGUCCACUCUACGCUGGAGCCUUGUGAUGGGGCUGAUUUCACCUUUCCUAUUAUCUUGGACGUGCAAACUCAUACUGUAUAUGUAAGACGGAGGCCUUUUCUACAAAUGUUCCUUGAGAGAGUCGCUCAAAUGUUUGAAAUUGUUAUUUUUACGGCUAGUCAAAGCGUAUAUGCUGCGCAGUUACUUGACAUGCUGGAUCCAGACCACAAGAUAAUUUCUAAGCGUAUGUAUCGGGAAUCGUGCAUAUUCUCAGAAGGUAGCUGCACCAAGGACCUUGGUAUUUUGGGGAUUGACCUUGCAAAAGUCGCAAUAAUUGACAAUUCUCCACAGGUUUUCCAUUUGCAUGUUAACAACGGCAUACCAAUUGAGAGUUGGUUUGAUGACCCAUCAGACCAUGCUUUGGUUCAAAUACUCCCCUUCCUUGAGACGCUGGUCGGUGCUGAAGAUGUCCGUCCCAUUAUUGCACAGAAAUUCGGCACUAGGGAGGAGCAGCAGCAGCAGCAGCAGCAGUUGUUUUGUUGAGAUAUCACUAUAGUAUAUUGGUUCCUCUAAACUUCGAGAUUCUUCCUCAAAAAGGUAACCCAUACCUGUGAAUAGUUAGUUUUUAUUUUAUUUUAUUUCACUUGAGAUGAUGAUUGUAACCAAAACCAAAUCCAAAGGCUGUAUAUCCUUCCCAUCAACACUGGUGUUUUGCAUUGAAAAAUAAACCAUCUCACUUGUUUAACAG